AUGGGCGGUGCGAUGCAACGCGGUGCGGCCCCCGAUCAGAUGAUGCCACGAACUACUACUAGAAUCGUCGUCGUUGCAUUGGGACCGCGACGGGGGGACGGACCGGGGAGACGGACGGGGUUACGGCUAGUGGGAUACGGUAUACGUGGAAUGAUGGAGAGGGAGAGCAGAGCAGUACCGUCGAGUGGUCAGGAAAGGAAGGAAAAGGAAGGAAAAGAAAAGAAAAAGAAAAAGAAAAGGAAAAAGAAAAAGAAAAAGAAAAUCCAACGAAUACCGCUCCUAGUCCAGAUCACCACCAUCGCCAUCGCCAUCGCCAUCGCCCUCGCCCUCGCCCUCGCCCUCGCCCUCACCCUCCCACCGCCGUCGAGCCCACCGGCAGAUCGAGCCUCCACUCGUGGUCAUGGUCCGGAACCAGCACCAGCACCACCACCAGCACCACCACCACCAGCACCAGCACCACCAACCAACCCUGGUCCUCGCCGACCGAACGAACGAGCCGACGAACGAUCCGCCCAAGAUCUGCUCCCUUGGCCGUCUGGCAUAGCCCCCUUCAUUCAAAUGAACCUCUAUAUUAGUUCUCCUCCCCAUCGGGUCCGCUCCUCGACAAGCAACCUCGCGCCUCUCAGCCUUAACCUCCCUCUCCACCCCAUCUUCACUCGUCGCCAUCCUCCUCGUCGUCGUCCUCGCCGUCGUCCGCGGCAUCUGGUUCCAUCUUCCGCCUCUGCUUCGGCUCGUCUCAUCGCACCCGCUGUUGAACUAACUGCCUUGCACGGCACCGAAAUCUACUCCUGUGACUCACUCCCUCACACUCACUCACUCACUCACGCACUCACUCACGCACUCACUCAACUCGCCGAGAGCCCGAUCGCAUCGCCCGUCCUCGCAUCCAUCUCCGCCCACGAGCCCAGUCCGAUCGAGAUUGUACCUGUACCUGUACCUGCACCUGCACCUGCACCUGCACCUGCACCUGGACCUGCACUUAUCCCUCCCUCCCUGCAUAGCGGCUACGCACCUCACCCACCCCCGGCAUUUAAAGGUCCCAGCUCCCCGCCCAGCUCCAGUGGCGUCGUCGCAGAUUCUGUCGCGAAGUCUCGGACUGUCAAAGCAACUCAAAUCCUCAAGAGGAACACUUAUCAGCACCAUCUGCCCUUCCUGGGACACGCUCCUUCUUCAAGUCAUCCUCCGGGAAUCCUGCGACAAAAAUUGGUCGCCAUCACUGUCAUCCACCCACCACCGAGUCGCGACAACCCUUCUUUUUCUCCACCUGGCCCUACGGAAUACUACUGCUCUCUGCUCUCCAGCAGAUCGCCAUUCCUCUCUUCCAGCACCACAAAGUUCCUGCCUGCAACAUGGGCCGCGGCGCCUAUGACACGACCGGCGUCCCCAAGCCCCCACCUCCGAAGCCUAGAUAAGGACCCGCCAAUGACCUCCCCUCCUCCGCAUCGACACCCGGUCGGCGGUGAGAUCCUCGAGAAGUCAACAACACCGAGGAAGAUGAGUGCAUCGCAACUCGGCGCCAUCCCACCCUCAGGCUCGCACGCCCAUGUUCCGGCCUCGCGCUGCCGCUUCCGUCCCCCUUUCCACACCUCGACGUCCAUACCCUUUCCACCUACCAUUUUUUCGCCCCAAUAA